AAAACACGGUCACGGAAACACGACGUGUCCAGAAACCGAGGGAUUUACUUUUGCUGAAUAUCGAGGUUUGACGCAGAAACGCCGCUGAAGUGGCAGAAAGAAAGCCGCGUUUAUUCGGGGUUUUUUUGCGGCUUUCAUCUUGUCUCAGGUAAACACACCUGUGCGCGUGACGCGCGGAUGAUGGAUCGCGCGUGUCUGGACUGAGAAGAACACGCGUCUGGCUGCAGGCUCUGAGGGCGAUCAGAGAGAUUCUUUGGGAAUCGUUGGGAAUGAGAAGGAGCAGCCACUCUGCCAGCUGGCGGGUCUCCAGAUGUGUGUGGCUGCUGAUUGGAGGAGGUUGUACUGGUGGCUGGUCCUCCAGUGGGUAGUAGGUGUGGCAUUAGCAGGACCCUGUGCUCAGCGCUGUGACUGUUUGCCAAAACUCCUAAUGGUCAACUGUUCGUCAAGACAACUGAACUCUGUUCCCGAGGGCAUUCUGGAAUAUGCCCAGAUGCUGAACUUGACGUAUAACCACUUAAAGACUCUGAUGAAGCGGCAGUUCUCUGGCCUAACACAAUUACAGGAGUUGGACCUUAGCGAUAACAUGCUGACCAUCAUUGAGGUUGAAGCCUUCUUUGGCCUGCAAAACCUCCGGACGCUAAGAAUUUCCCGCAACCGACUGAAGAUUAUUUCAGUUGGGGCAUUUUUUGGCCUUCCAAACGUUCAACUGCUGGACAUCAGUGAGAACGAGAUCUUGGUGUUCCUGGAUGACAUGUUCCGAGAGAUGCCGUCUCUGCAGAAGCUGGAGGCCAGUGAGAAUGAUCUGGUUUUCAUCUCAAACCGUGCGUUCAGUGGUCUGGUAAACUUGCAAGUGCUGAACCUCAACAGGUGCAACCUGACAUCGGUGCCAGUGGAGGCGAUGUCUCAACUUACCGGCCUCUUGCAGUUGCGUUUCUGCAGAAUGGGGAUCACCACGUUGCCCAAUAACUCGUUCCGCCAGCUGAGCCAUUUGAGGGACCUCAGAGUGUCUCACUGCCCCUGGCUGGACUCGCUAGCCAUCAACAGUCUGAUUGGACUCAAUCUCACCUCCCUUACUCUCAGCCACUGUAACCUGAGCUCCAUACCAUAUUCCCCACUGCACCACCUGGUCUACCUCUGCUACUUGGACUUAUCCUACAACCCCAUUACCAGCAUCCAGUCCAAUCUCCUGGGGGACUUGUUACGCUUACAGGAGCUGCACCUGGUUGGCGCGAGUUUACUGAGAGUGGAACCGGGUGCAUUCCGUGGCCUUGCCUUUUUCCGCCUACUCAACGUGUCAUCCAGUCGGUUGGUGACGCUGGAAGAAUCAGUGUUCCACUCCGUAGGUACACUAGAGGUGUUGAGGUUGGAUGGGAACCCUCUGGCGUGUGAUUGCCGUCUGCUGUGGGUGAUGCGUAGACAUCUACGACUUCGCUUUGAAGGGCAGCCACCAACCUGUGCCUCACCUAUACAGGUACAAGGCAGAAGGUUUGGCGACUUUACAGAAGCUGAACUGCCAUGGUUGUUCAUCUGUCGGCAUGCACGUAUUCUCACUCGUAAACCACAAGAUGUUCGCACAGAUGAGGGGCAUACUGUCCUGUUCUUCUGCGAAGCAGAUGGAGACCCUGAACCUUCUAUCACUUGGCUGAAUCCGAAACGCUCCCUCCUUACCGGGUCCGGUAGAAUUCGUGUGCUAAGCAAUGGGACCCUUGAGGUGCGUUACGCACAGGUUCAAGAUAGCGGCUACUACCUGUGCAUCGCUUCCAAUGCUGCAGGAAAUGACAGCAUCUCAGUGAGCCUGCGGGUGCGUGGAUUUCCCUCUUCUACUCGAAACCGUUCUGGUCCCUUCUUUCUGGAGGGGUGGAGCAUUGUGUCUGGACAAGCACCAGUCAACGGUUCUCACGGUUCACAGCCAUUUCCGUUUGAUGUGAAGACGCUGGUGAUCGCGGUGACCAUGGGCUUCUUGUCGUUCCUAAGCUCGGUGGCGAUCUGUUUCAUCUUCAUGUUUUUAUGGAGUCAGAGCAAAGGCCAAAUCAAACACACAGCAACUAUUGACUUCGUCCCACGCAGCUCUGCAUCAGCAGGAGGGGGUGGAAGGGCAACCAUGGAGACGGGCAGAUUCACCAUGAAGCUGAUCUGAAAUCUCAUGGCAUGAAGCAGCUGCCUGAUGUUAUGGGAUACUGUAACUGAGUUUGAACAACUAUAAGGCCUGUUUCAAACAUCAAGCACUUGUGCCUGUGGCAAUGCAAGUUACGUGCUUUCGUUUUGACGCCCAUAUUAGCAGAGUCAGAAACAACCUGGUCUCAUAGAAUCAUAUUACUAUACCGACAUUUUAGCAAAAUUAUUUUUAUGUGGCUCAUUUUAUGUAUCACAGCAGUUUCCUGGUGAAAUGAACACAAUAGGCACUACAACAACAAUUACUUUUAUUCACUUUCACACAAAAAGUAAAAUAGGUUUACUAAAGCACAUGACUCAUUUUAAUGUUUGCAUCACAUGAUCAAUACAUUUACAAGCUUGUGUGAAUGUGAUCAAAUUGAGUUCAACUGAUAAAGCAUUGCACUUGUGAUGUAAAGGAGCAGGGUACAAGUCCUGAAGAGCACGCACGUGAACCCAAAGUGUCAUAGUAGUACCACAAAAUGACGUGGUCGUGUUGUUCAUUUCACGUUUGCUUUUUAUGACACUAUUGGUUAGGUUUAGGUUUAAGGUUUAGAGAUGUCAGUUUUGUUGAUUUAAAACUCAAUAGAGAAUUAACCUUAAAAACCUCAUCUGUUUAUGAGAACAUUUAACUUGCUUUUAGUGCCACACAGUGGACAUUUCACCUCCGGGAUAUGUGUAGAAAACCAUGUAAUGUAGUUUUCAUUAGAUCAGGCUGGUCAGAAAACAAGCAAGCACACUUACAGUUUCUGUUCAGUUCAUAUUCUGCACUGUGGAGUUUUGGUUCUGUUUAGAUAAAUUGCCAUUAGAAUGUGAAUUUGAGCUGCCUCCAAUUUCACGAUGAUCAGGUUUGUAAAAGUUCAAUAAUUUAUGGCUUUUAAGAAAAUACUCAACGUGUAAACUCAACAAUCACUUUAAUUUCUGUUUAGAGCUGCGGCUCUGCACUUUUAAAAAAAACAAAUCUUUUUUUUUAAUUCUUUUUUUUAUCCCUUUUUCUCCCCAAUUUGGAAUGCCCAAUUCCCACUACUUAGUAGGUCCUUGUGGUGGCACAGUUACUCACCUCAAUCUGAGUGGUGGAGGACAAGUCUCAGUUGCCUCCGCUUCUGAGACCAUCAAUCCGCGCAUCUCAUGUGGCUUGUUGAGCGCGUUACCACGGAGACGUAGCACAUGUGGAGGCUUCACGCUAUUCUCCGCGGCAUCCACGCACAACUCACCACGCACCCCACCGAGAGCGAGAUCCACUAAUCUUGACCACGAGGAGGUUACCCCAUGUGACCCUAUCUUCCCUAGCAACCGGGCCAAUUUGGUUGCUUAGGAGACCUGGCUGGAUCACUCAGCACACCCUGGAUUCGAACUCGCAACUCCAGGGGUGAUAGUCAGCAUCAAUACUCGCUGAGAUACCCAGGCCCCGUAAAAAAACAAAUCUUAAUAUUUUUGUCUUUUUUUAUUUUUACACAGUAAAAAUAUCUAAACCUUCUUAAAACUAGAUAAAUUUACUUAAGAUAAGAUAAGAUAAUCUGUCUGGUUUUCAGAGACAUCUUACAAAAUGUAAUAAAGUUUAUGAUUACAUCAUGAAAAAACGACUUGGGGGCAAGGCGGAAAAACUCUGAUUCAAAGGGAAAACAUGUUUAUUUUUCUUUCCCCAUUGGCAAACAGAUGUUUCUUGUUUUAAGCAUAGACCACACCAAAUUUUGUUUGAUUUCUUCGAAUACAAGACUUAACAUCUUAAGCCAUUCUGCUUCUCUAGUCAUUUUAUCGUGUUUUAAGGAUGUUAAGAUACUUUUAAUGGAAAAUAAGACAUAAGUAAGAGAAUGGUUUUCAGUGUGUUACAGCUGUUGCUAUGAUCAUGUGCAAGAUGUAUGAAACAGGCCAUAAACUGAUCAGGUGGUAGAAGACUUUAAACAGCAGAACUGCACUGUAAACCGACCAUGUGACUAACAUCCAAACCAUUGGGGCUGUGAGAAAUUAACAAGAUUUUUCAACUGUAAUUCCUUUUUUUCUUCUUUAAAAAUGUGUUCUCUAUAUCUCUUUAUAAUCUAUAUCCAAGUUGCUCCCAAUGGCAGGCUAGCGCCUUGCAUGGCAGCUCUGCUGUCAUUGGUGUGUGAGUGUGUGAGUGUGUGAGUGUGUGUGUGUGUGUGUGUGUGUGUGCGUGUUUGUGAAUGGGUGAAUGAGUCACAGUGUAAAGCGCUUUGGAACCAGUAAGGUUAAAAAAAGUGCUAUAUAAGUGCAGACCAUUUACCGUUUAAAAAAAAAAAGAGGCUUUGACUCUCACACUAACCCUUUAAAAUACACUUUGCACUUAGCAAGACCUCUGAUGUCAUGGUACUAGAAUGAACUGCAUGAAUGCAUGCUGUGAGUGAUGGUGAACAAUGACAUUAUGAAGGUUUCAUAUCAAACUUUAACGUUCUGGAUGACUGAAAGCUUAAUUGAACAGUUAAUGAGAAAAUACAACUGAGCUCACAGACGGGUUAAUUAAGUUCAAAUGAAAAAGAUGAAAGCAUUUUCAAUAAAUCCUACACUAAUAGUAUAGAAUUUCUGGAUUGUAUUAUAUGACAUACUGACUACAGAGAAAUAUUUAAUGCAUGUGAAUGUCUGGUACUGAUGCAUGUUAUUUUUCUGUAUGGUUAGUGUCAAUAUCUGAUACAAAUGGUCAAAUGAUGUUGCAGACUUUGCACAUGCAAUAUACAGUAUACUGAAUGAUAUAUACAGUACAUAAAACUCAAUAUGGAUAAUGGACAUUAAAUAUGAGCAUUCAGCAGUUGCGAGGCUCUCACAUGAAGUCAAAAGAGAAUGUCCUCUCAGCGUUUCUUGCGCUUCACUGUGGAAUUCAAAGCAAUAAUUACAUUACAGAUUUCAGAUUGUUACGGUACAAAAGUUCAUUAGAUAAGUGUAAAAAAUAUAUGAGUUUUUAGCUUUGAUCUCAUCACAUUUUAGUAUGUUUCUGUCUGUGAAAGCAUAGUUUACUCACCCCAGAAAUGUAUAUCUGGCACUUGUGUGUUAUUUUAUAUAAUGUUAUUAAUGCAGAUAUUACGCUGAUGAUUUCUAUUUUUCAAAACCUUUGAUUAGGUCCUAAAGACACUCCUAAAUGUCACUGAUUCAGUCAUAUUUAUUUACACUGCACAAAAUGAACUGUUGCAUUAGUUUGAGCUUGAAUAUUUUUACUAUUUACUUAUUUUUACUAAUUGUUGUAUUGAAUGAUUUACACUGAAUUAUGACUUUAUAUUUAAGGAAGCCAGUGAAUCUGUUUAGCAAUUUCUGUAAGAAGUGACUGCCAAAAGUUUUCAAAUAAUCAUGUUUUUAGAAACAGGAGUUUAUUAUACAACAAAUAAAACAUCAUUUUAAACUA